AGGAGGAAGGAGCCGGCGAAGGAGGCGGGGGGGCGGUUUAAAGGGACAAGAGCCGUGCGGGCGCCGGCGGGGGAAGCCGGAGCGGCGGCGGGCGGGGACUCGCCUCCUUCCCCACACACGCCCGCUCGCACCGCGGCCGGGGUCGCCGCCGCCAGCGCCCCCAUCCCCUCCCUUCCCCUCCGCCCGCCGCUUCCACAGCGGCCUCUAUGAGGUAGAAGGGAGCGGCGGCCACUCCGGGGGCGGCAGCGGCCGCUACAGCCGCCGCCUCCUCCUCCUUCUCCUCGCCUCAGAGCGCCCCAUCUUUGUGUGUGCGGGAGAAGGGCGGGAGGGAGUGCGCGCUGCCCGCCCGCCGCGCUUUGUUCGGAGCCGGGGGGCCGUGGCGGAGCCCCGGCUCUAUGUGCCAGCGGCUCCCCGGCGGCGGCGGCGUGAGGGGCCGGAGCCCCUGAGGGCGGGGGGGCCCCGGCCCGUGUCGGUGCUGCGGGGCGGGGGAAGGGGCCGGCUCGCUGCCCGCCGGCCCGGCCCGUGUGCGGGCGGAUUGAUGUGGGGGGGUCUGACAUGAGUCCGCCGGCGGCCGGGUGCUGCCAUGUGACCGGCUUCAAGGUGGAGAACUGGAAGCAGAACCUGCGGGCGAUUUACCAGUGCUUCGUGUGGAGCGGCUCGGCCGAGACCAGGAAGCGCAAGGCAAAGUCGUGCAUUUGUCAUAUGUGUGGUGCCCACCUGAACAGACUCCACUCUUGCCUCUACUGUGUCUUCUUUGGCUGUUUUACAAAGAAACAUAUUCACGAGCACGCGAAGACAAAGCGACACAAUUUAGCCAUAGACCUUUUGUAUGGGGGUAUAUACUGCUUUAUGUGUCAAGAUUACAUAUACGACAAAGACAUGGAACAAAUUGCCAAAGAAGAACAACGAAAAGCUUGGAAAUUACAAGCCUUCACCCCAACAGUGGUUUCUCACUACCAGUGUACAAUGACAGGCAUUGGAGAGAAGUAUUCAACAUGGGAGCCGACCAAGAGAGAGUUAGAAUUGCUACGACACAACCCCAAGCGAAGAAAAAUAACCACAAACUGCACCAUAGGUCUACGAGGGCUAAUCAAUCUUGGGAACACAUGUUUUAUGAACUGUAUUGUCCAGGCACUCACCCACACUCCACUGCUGCGAGAUUUCUUCCUCUCCGACAGGCACAAAUGUGAAAUGCAAAGCCCCAGCUCAUGUCUGGUCUGUGAAAUGUCUACGCUCUUUCAGGAGUUUUACUCUGGGCACCGAUCUCCUCACAUUCCAUAUAGGUUAUUGCACCUGGUAUGGACUCACGCACGGCAUUUAGCAGGGUACGAGCAACAAGAUGCACACGAGUUCCUCAUUGCUGCAUUAGAUGUGCUACACAGACACUGCAAAGGUGAUGAUAAUGGGAAGAAGGCCAACAACCCCAACCACUGUAACUGCAUCAUAGACCAAAUCUUCACAGGCGGACUGCAGUCGGAUGUUACCUGUCAGGUCUGCCACGGCGUUUCCACGACGAUAGACCCGUUCUGGGACAUCAGUUUGGAUCUGCCAGGCUCCUCCACCCCCUUCUGGCCGCUGAGUCCGGGCAGCGAUGGCAGCGUGGUCAACGGGGAAAGCCACGUGUCGGGCACCACCACCCUCACAGACUGCUUGAGAAGGUUUACAAGGCCAGAACAUCUAGGAAGCAGUGCCAAAAUCAAAUGUAGUGGUUGCCAUAGCUACCAAGAAUCUACCAAACAACUCACUAUGAAGAAGUUACCCAUUGUGGCCUGUUUUCAUCUCAAACGGUUUGAACACUCAGCCAAACUGAGGCGGAAGAUCACUACGUAUGUCUCCUUCCCACUGGAGCUGGACAUGACACCUUUCAUGGCUUCCAGUAAAGAGAGCAGAAUGAACGGGCAGUACCAGCAGCCGACGGAUAGUCUAAACAAUGAUAAUAAGUAUUCCUUGUUUGCAGUAGUUAAUCACCAGGGAACCUUGGAGAGUGGGCACUAUACCAGCUUCAUCAGGCAGCACAAGGACCAGUGGUUCAAGUGUGAUGAUGCCAUUAUCACCAAGGCAAGCAUUAAGGAUGUGCUAGACAGUGAAGGAUAUUUGCUGUUCUAUCACAAACAGUUCCUGGAGUAUGAAUAGCCUUAUCCAGCAGCUUGGCAGAUGUAAACAAGGAAGAAACAACACAAGCCUUCUGAAUCGACACACAAACCUACCUGAAAUGAAAAGACCCAUUACAAACCAACUCGCACUGAGCUGUAACAGGACCUACUUGACACUGACUCACAGCCUGGAGAGUGAGAAAUGAACAAUGUGCAACGUGUGUGCAGUCCCACGAGGACAGAAAGGGGGAAAAGAGGCUGCAGUCAGUCACUUAACAGAGGAAAUAUAAAAUGAAAGGAAUGCUCUGGGUGGGGGAAAGAAAUGGGAGCAGAGGAGUCCGGGCACUGGUACAUCUCCUGUGUUCCUCCAAAAAUGUGUGUGGGAAGGCAAAGGAUUCUACCCUCAUCUCCAUAAAGCAUCUUCUCCAUUUGGUGCUUCAGCUCCAACGACCAAUCAUAUAACAGUUAAAAUUAAAAAUCCAAACCCAUUUUUUUAUGCAUAUGGGUCUGAAAGCAGUAGAGUGGAGGAGGAGGGGAUGAGACAACUAAAGGACUUUGCAAGUAUCUUUUUAUUUGUGAAUUUUAGUUAUUAAAUAAAUACAGUAUGAAACUAUUAGGCUCUUUUUUUUCCAACAACUAUAAAAGAAAUCCUGGAUUGUGGAACUGAAGCUGCAGUACUCAGACAGGUUUUCAAGCAUGCCUGCUUGCACAGGUAAUGUUCAAUGCCAUCGGACUGCUCAUCCAAAAGCAUCAGCACAGAUUCUGUUGUUUGAGCCCUUUUUUGUUUUGUUUUCUAUAAAUAGCUAUUUUCUUAAUUUUUUUCCUUUUAUUCCCUUUUUUCACGAGAAUGAAAUUCAUAAAUGCAACCAUCAGUAAAAAUGAAUGAAUUGGUGUGUUUAUACUGUAA